AUGAGAAUUAUUAGAAAUUUUUCAACAUUACCAAAAUAUAAAGUUUCCAAAAAAUUGUCAAGUAUUAUUGGAAAUGAUAUCCCAAUUAUGACAAAACAACAAAUUAUGAACAGAUUUUGGAAUUAUGUCGAAGCUAAAAAAUUGGAUGGUUGGGUUUCUGUUAGAUACAUUAGAUGUGAUGAUAAUUUAAAAGCUGUAUUAAAUCAAGAAGCAAUCAAUUGUGGCACAGAUUUAGAGAAAAUGUUGAAUGGUCAUUUGAUUGAAGUUAAACUUGAUGCUAAAAAGAAGUAA